CCAGCCCAUUUCUAGGCUCUAAAAUAAUAUAAAUCUAACACCAAGUGAACCACAACAGACCCGCAGAUUCCAUUCUGUUAUAAUGAAUGGAAAAGGUAAAUGGGAAAACAAAUACAAGUCCAAAAAACACAGAUGCAAAAAUAUGGGUGUCCUUUUCUAAAAAUGGCUGUACUAUUUGUGAAACAUAUCAACAAUGUCACUGUAAGUCUUGCUACUCGUUCUCACAUAUUGUUUGUGGUUUCUUUUCUGGUUUCAGGGCUGUGAUAGGACGCCCAGAGAAUGAAUGGGUUUUCUCCGACCUUUACAGAGGCAAUGUGCCUUGGUGCCAGCUUGAGCCUCUCUGGCGUCUUUUACUAUCUAUACAAAAGAAGUAGAUUAAUAGUUAAGAAACUUGAAAAUGCUCCACACAUUAGUAUAGAUGGAAACCUCGAAGAACUUUUGAAAGUCACUCCUGGAGCCUGCCUACAGUAUGCCGUGGUGGAAGGUACAGUAAAGCCAGUGGAUGAGCCUCUAACAAGCUGUUUCAGCAAAGACAUUUCUGGUGUGUUGCAAAGAUUUACAAUUGUAGAACACAGGCUGAUAUGGAGCAGCAUUUCCCGCACAUGGAGGGACUCAGAACGCAUCUUACACCAAAGAGUGAAUAUGGUGCCCUUUGUUUUGCUUGGAUUAGACGAGGCUGCGGUCAAAGUUCAGUCUCCUCUACAAGCAGCUGGAAGGUACACAGAGGUCAUCAAUGAGAAAUUUCACCAGCCCACUCUAGGUUUUGGAGAGCUUGUAGGAUUUUUCCUCAGUGGAGAAAAGUCUAAAGGAGUCCUGGAGAUUGAAGAAAUGCUUAAGGUGGGCACAACGCUUAUCGGCAUCGGCGAGUUGACCCUAGACACAGACGGCACUGUGACUCUUCGGCCCCCCUCUGAUAAUUCUCCAUAUUUUUUGAGCUUGACAGACUUUGAAAACCUGCAAAAUGAAAUUCACAACAUAGCUGGUUUUUGGAAGGUGCUAGCUGUCGUCUCGGCCUUGGCCGGGACAGCAGUGCUCUUCUGGGCCGGCCUGCGAUUCUACCGCAUCCUUAAGGAUCGCUGGGAGCAGGAGGCAAUAAACAGGGAGUUUGUCCGUAUGCAAGCCGAAGCCGCAAGACUGCAUGCCGAAAGAGCAAAUGUAGAAGGUUUUGAAGAGGGAGAUAACAAUCAAAUGGGGAAUGUCUGUGUGAUCUGUCUCAGUCAACCAAGGGACUGCAUCCUGUUGAACUGUGCACACGUGUGCUGCUGCUUCACCUGCUUCCGGGCCCUCCCACAAAGAACGUGCCCCAUCUGUCGGCAGAACAUUGCCCGGGUUCUGCCGUUCUAUCUGCCAUAAGGCGCCUGUAUGACCAUUUACCUUCGGUGCACUGAGGCUCUACAAUAAAUCUGAAAUAAAAAGACUUCGGGAACGGUUUUGCACUAAACGAGGUAUGAUGUUAAACUGUGAGAAGGGGGGAAAAAAAAGUGUGUAAUAUAUGCAUUUUCUUGUAAUACAGAGUUUUAUUUUUGGUAAAUGUGCCUUAUGAGGAAAAAAGAAAAAACAAGGCUGCUGCUGUAUCAGUGAUAGAAUUGUAUUGUGUAUGUUUGCUCAAAAAAGUUUGUUUUUAGUCUUAUUAAAGAGAAAAAGGCUUUAGUGUUGUAGUUUUAGGUCAUGCACAGCUAAAGGAAUGUUUUACAUACUUGUUACAUCAAAUUUAGUAAAGCAUCACUGGCAAGUAUUUGUAAGAGGGCAACAUGAUGUCAUAAUUAACACUUGGGAAAGAUGUGACUAAUUUACUAAACUUGUUAUAUCAAAGCGAAUAAAGUAUUUAAGCAAUCUGA